AUGCAUGAAAUCGGUCACGCGUUAGGUCUUGAACAUGUAAGAGAUAAACAGUCGAUUAUGUACCCGACUUAUCAGCUGAAACAACGAUCUGACGUACUAACAUUCGUUGAUCAACAAUCAAUACAAGCUCUUUAUGGAAAAAAAACUGAAGAACACUUUAGGAGUGAUAUCCGACACGGGCAGGUAUUUGGAAAUCCACUCGGAGGUGUACAGUUUAAUAUAGUCACCGAAUCUGUCGCUUUGAAUAACAGCCAUCGGUUGUACGAAAUUAAAGUACAAUGUCAGGAAGGUUUACUAGAAUCGAUGCGGAUGUACUACUCGGAUCCGCCAGCUGAGACAUCGACACAUCGCGGUACAUUCAUUUCAUUGUAUGAUACGGACACUUUUACACUGAACAAAAACGAAGAGAUUUCUAUCGUUCAAGUGAAAACUGGUACAUAUCAUGGAAUGAAACUUAUUCUUGGCAUUCAGUUUAUUACGAACAGUGGAAGGAUGAGUCAACAGAUGUGUGGAACGAACAUUACGGGAACUACAUCUACUGAGAAAUUUAACGGCUACAUAUUAAAAUACAUUAGUGGGCGAUCAGGUGAUCUCAUUGAUUCACUUCAAUUUCAUUGGCGGCAAGAAAACUCUGACAUUGCUCCACCACCAACAACAAAGAAUCAAACAACUGGCUUAAUUAAAGUGUUUAACGCAUCUGGUAAUGCAGUCAAAUGCCUUGAUGUGCCGUAUGGGAUAGGUAACAAUCACGUUGGUAUUCAAUUAUUUCGAUGUCAUGGUGAAGGGAAUCAACAAUUUACAUUGCACGAUAAUGGCCAAAUAUCUGUUCUUGGUAAAUGUCUUGAUGUUCCAGACAGUAGUUCUGUUGAUCUCGUUCAGAUCCAAUUAUUUGAUUGUCAUAAUCGAGCAAAUCAACAUUUUACAAUUGAUGACCAAAAUCGUAUUCGUAUUUUUGACAAAUGUUUGGAUGUUCCUCGUGCUGAUAUUAUUGAUCGUAAUAUAAUACAAUUAUUUCGAUGUCAUAAUGGAAGUAAUCAAAAUUUUACGUUUGUACCAAUUGAUUAA